AUGGCUGAGGUAGAGAAGACCGCUAAUGCGGAAGCCGAGAAGGACGUCCAGAACGUGCUCGCUGAGCUGCAGGGCGAGGCGGGCGACAAGGCCCCCAAGGAGGACGCGGACGAGGCCCGCAUCGUCGCCGAAGCGGCCAAGCUGGGCGAAAAGUCAGAGCAGGCCCAGGAGAAGUCCGAGUCCGCCAGACCACAGCGCCAGUAUACCGGUGCGCGCGGUGGCCGCGGCGGCAAGCGCAACAAUGCCAAGUUUGACCCCUCGUCGCUGAAGGAGACGGAUGACCCCGUGGAGAUCCGCAAGCAGGUCGAGUUCUACUUCUCCGACUCCAACCUCCCCAUGGACAAGUUCCUCCUGUCCAAGGUGGGCGGGACCGCCAACAACGCCGUGCCCUUGGAGUUGCUCCACUCGUUCAAGCGCAUGCACCGCUUCCAGCCGUUCAGCGCCAUCGUCGAGGCCCUCAAGACGUCCGAGACUCUGGAUCUCGUCGAAAACAACACCGCCGUGAAGCGCAAGCAGCCCCUGCCCGAGUCCGUGACCAACAUGCCCGACCCCAGCGUCGUCAAGGUCUUCGAGGACCAGGCCAUGGCCCGCAGCGUCUACGCCAAGGGCUUCGGAUCGGAGGAUGCCGACACCCAGCUCGAGAUCGAGGCGUUCUUCGCCAAGUACGGACCCGUCAACGCUAUCCGUCUGCGCCGGACCGCGGACAAGUCAUUCAAGGGCAGCGUCUUUGUUGAAUUUGCCUCGGAGGACAAGCAGAAGGAGUUCCUGGCUCUGGACCCCAAGCCGCAGUGGAAGGGUCAGGACCUGCUCAUCAAGAGCAAGAAGGAUUACUGUGACGAGAAGGUGGAAGAGAUCAAGGCCGGCAAGGUCAGGCCCAACUAUAACCGCGGCGGCCGCGGCCGGGGUGGAAACCGUGGUGGUCGCGGUGGACGCGGUGGCGACCGCAAUCGGGAGCGCGACUGGCGGGAGCGCCGCGAUGAGGACCAGAAGAAUGGCUUCCAGGACCGCAAGGCUGAGAAAGAUUCUCGUGGUGUUCCCGUGGUGCAGGCCACCGAGUCGGCAGGCCAGAAGCGAGGCCGUGAGGAGGAUGCAAAUGGUGACCACCCGGCCAAGAAGGUGGAUGCCAAGGAGUAA